AUGGCUUCAUCUAAGAACGUUGUCUUUGAUAUUGUGGGCACGCUUGUAUCCUACGACCAUCUUUACGAUGCUAUCGAUCGCAGACUAGGAGAUCGCCUGCGUGCGGAGCUCAUCAAGCCAUGGCUUCUAGGCCAGCUUUGGAUGGAAACUGCCGAGCGUGAAUAUACCAAUCUCAGUAUUGCCGGUCGAUAUGCACCAUACGCCGAGGUUUUUGAAUCGCUCUUCUAUCGCAUUCUCUGGAUGGGCGGAGUUCAGAAGCCUCGUGACUUUGCCUCGCCAGAGGAUCUGGCCUGGAUUAUGGAAGAGUACCAGAAGCUCACCAUGCGCCCUGGGGCAGCCGAGUGUGUGCAAAAGCUACGCGAUGCUGGAUUCACAGUCUGGGCUUUCACUGCCGCCGAUCUGAAGCGUGUGGGAGGGUAUUUUGCGAAGGCGGGCGUCGACCUGCCAGCGGAGAACUUGCUUUCCUGCGAUUCUGCCGGUGUGGGCAAGCCUGAUCUUGCGGCCUAUAAGCCUUUGUUGGAGAGGCUGAAGGCAGAGAAUGAUGGGAAGACUCCUUGGUUUGCUGCGGCUCAUAUGUGGGAUGUCUCUGCUGCUCGCACUGCUGGAUUCAAGGGAGCUUACUGUACUGUGUUGGAGAAUGAGCCAUUGCAUAAUCUGUUUGGAGAUAUGGACGUGGUUGAUGAUACUCUACCGGGCAUGGCUGAGAAGAUUAUUGCCGCUCAGGCUGCUUCAUAUGAUGUAUAA